AUGGCUAGUUCUCUCCAGAAAACACCUACCCUUGGAGCUUCUCAUUCAGAAAAUGUUGAUGCUAAGCUGUCCUUUCUACCUGAAAGGCUGAGAAAGAAGCUGCUUCCUUUCCAGGAAAAAGGCAUCAUAUAUGCACUUCAGAGAAGUGGCAGGUGUAUGAUUGCUGAUGAGAUGGGACUAGGGAAAACAAUUCAAGCAAUUGCCAUUUCAUAUUACUAUAAAAAUGAAUGGCCUCUCUUGAUUGUAGUGCCUUCCUCUCUGAGAUACCCUUGGGUUGAUGAGAUGGAAAAGUGGAUUCCAGAGCUCUCUCCAGAUGACAUUAGCAUCAUUCAGAACAAAACUGAUAUUGGGGGAAUAUCAACCAGCAAAGUAACCAUUCUGGGGUAUGGCCUGCUGACUUCUGAUGCACAGACUUUAGUGGACACUCUGUACAGACAGAACUUCAAGGUAGUUGUGAUAGAUGAAUCACACUACAUGAAAUCCAGGAAUGGCAGCAAGAUCCUGCUGCCAAUUGUGCAGAAAGCUCUGAGAGCUGUUCUUCUUACUGGCACUCCUGCUCUAGGAAGACCUGAAGAGCUCUUCAUGCAGAUUGAGGCACUGUAUCCAAGAAGAUUUGGAACUUGGAGUGAAUAUGCUAAAAAGUACUGCAAUGCUCGUGUCAGGUUUUUUGGUAAAAGAGCACGAUGGGACUGUAGAGGAGCUUCAAAUUUAGAGGAACUACAUCAGCUUUUAAGUGAGAUAAUGAUCAGAAGACUGAAGAAUGAUGUUCUGACUCAGUUGCCUCCCAAAGUCAGGCAGCGUAUUCCAUUUGACCUCCCACAAGCUGCAGCUAAGAAUUUGAAUGCCACUUUUGCAGAGUGGGAGAAAUUGAUGAGAAACCUGAAUUCAGAUGCCACAGAAAGUCACUUCUCUCAAGUCAUGAGUCUGGUCACACGGAUGUACAAAGAAACAGCCAUUGCCAAGGCAGGAGCAGUAAAGGACUAUAUCAAAAUGAUGCUUGAAAAUGACAAGCUGAAGUUUCUAGUCUUUGCCCAUCACCUGAGCAUGCUGCAGGCCUGCACAGAGGCUGUCAUAGAGAACAAGGUUCGUUACAUACGCAUCGAUGGAAGUGUUCCCUCUGCAGAGAGAAUUCAUCUGGUGAAUCAGUUUCAGAAGGACCCUGAGACCAGAGUUGCUAUUCUGAGUAUUCAGGCAGCUGGUCAGGGUUUGACUUUCACUGCUGCCACUCACGUGGUGUUUGCUGAAUUGUACUGGGAUCCAGGCCAUAUCAAGCAAGCAGAAGACAGAGCACACAGGAUUGGGCAGUGCAGCUCUGUGAAUAUUCACUUCCUGAUUGCAAAGGGAACAAUGGACACUCUCAUGUGGGCAAUGCUGAACCGCAAGGCCAAAGUCACAGGCAGCACCUUGAAUGGCAAGAAAGAGAAGAUGCAGGCUGAGGAGGGUGAUAAGGAGAAAUGGGAUUUUUUGAGUUUUGCUGAGACCUGGACCCCAAACGAAAGCCUAGAAGAUCCCCAAAAUGAACUUUUGUUUACACAUUUUGAAAAGGACAAGCAGCAUGACAUUCGUUCCUUCUUUUCCCCAAAAUCCUCCGCUGAGAAGAAACGCAAAAGACUUUCUGGCAAUGAGUCAUUACACAAUGAUUCAGAAUCUUCUGAGGCCACAGCAGAAGAGGAUGCAGAGAAGAGGAAUGAAAACCUGGAUUCCACGAGAAUGAGUGACGUGGCUACAAUCUGUCAGGAAAGCACCUGUGAACAUGAAGCCAAAAGAGCAAGAAGCAUAAGUGGAUCUACCCCAGUCAGCUCCAGUCACGAACAGAAAACAUCUGUGACUGGAAAAGAGCUCUCCUUGGUUCCAGAACAAAACAGUGAAGUCCAUCCUUGUGGCUUAAAUGCUUCAAGCAAAAGUACAGCUUCAAAUAAAGUUUGGCACUGCAGUGUUUGCACUUACACCAACAAUGAUCUGCUGCCUUACUGCGAGAUGUGCAGCUCCCCUCAGAGCAGUAAGGUUGAGAGAAAUGGCGAAACUCCCACAAGCCAAACUGAGGAAGAUGUGUCCAAGGACUCCAGAAGAAAUGGAGAGAGAGCAGAGUGCAGUGCUGAAGACAGGAGAGAAGAUUUGAGGGAGGUGGUGACCCAACAAUCUGUUGAAAUCAGCAAACAGGAAACUAUUGGCAUUGAAAAGGAAGAAAGUGAACAAAAGUGUGGAGAAGGUAAAUCAGACACAUUCCAAAUCUAUGAUGGGCUUUUGUUUUGUGCAAGCAGAAACACUGACAGAAUUCACCUCUAUACAAAGGAUGGUGAACCACUGAAUCAUAAUUUCAUCCCACUGGACAUACAGCUGGAUAACUGGGAAGACUUACCAGAGGCUUUCCAGCAUAAAAAAAAUCGUGCAGUGAUACUGAGGUUUGUCAAAGAAUGGACUCAGCUAACAGCAAUGAAGCAGAGGAUUGUCAGAAAAAGUGGUCAGAUAUUCUGCAGUCCUGUCCAUGCUGCAGAGGAGUUGUCUAGAAAGCAGUCAGUGGGCAGCAGCACAAAGAGGUACGUGACCAAGGAGGACGUGGCUGCAGCCUCACUGGCCAAGGCCAACAGCAGUGGGGGCAGCACUCGCCUCAUCUCCAGACAGAGCAGGGCUUGUCUCAGGAACGAAAAUGCUUCUGCUGAGCAGUCCACAAAUUUGCUUCCAGAAACAGGUCCCUCAGUCCUUCAGGCAGAGCAGACUGAAGCUGGAGGCUCCUCCCUCUCCAAAGGGUAUCUGCAGGCCUUGGACAGCCAGGGGAACCCACUGUGUCUGAGCUGCCAGCAGCCAACAGCCCAGCUGGAGCCAGGCUGCCAGGCCCGGGCCUGGGACACGCGGUUCUGCUCCCACAGCUGCCAGGAGGACUUCUCCAUCCGCUCCAGUCAGAGCUACCUCAGGACUAAAGUGCUGCAAAUCGAACACGGUGUUUGCCAGUCCUGUAAGCAAAAUGCACAAGAGCUUUACCUCAGCGUCAGAGAUGCACCCAGGAGUCAGCGCAAGCAACUUCUGGAGAGCUCCUGGAUGUCUCAGCUCCCCCUUGGGCAGCUGAACGAAAUGAUAACGAACCCCACGGAAGGGCAGUUCUGGCAGGUGGAUCACAUCAGACCUGUGUACAGUGGAGGAGGACAGUGCUCCCUGGAGAACCUGCAGACACUGUGCACACUGUGCCACAGGGAGAGAACUGCAAAACAGGCCAAGGAGAGGAGCCAGCUGAAGAGGAGGUCUUUAGGUACAAAGUAUGGCUGUGAUAUCACCAAAUUUUUUGUGAAGAUGUAA